AUGGAGUAUUCAUCGUCUCUCGAUCCCAACACCAACCCUUUCGACCUUCAUUUCGCUACUAAACUUCCCAAAAGGGAACCCUCAGAUUCGGCUUCUGCUAAACUGUUGGUGAAAGACGAGAAGGCUAAUACGUUACAAGAUGAGUUAAACCGGGCAAAUUCCGAGAACAAGAAGCUAACCGAGAAGCUAGCCAGAGUUUCUGAGAGCUACAAUGCUCUGCAUAAAUAUCUUGAGGAGUUUCAGAGUCGAAAUAGUCCUGAAAAUGAACACUUUCAGAAUCAACAUCUGACGAGGAAACGAAAACAAGAUCUUGAUGAGUUUGUAAGCUCCCCAACAACCGAGUCUACCUCCAGCGACAAAUCAACGGUUUCGAUCGCUUAUUAUCCUGCUGAUAAGUCUGAUUUAAGCUUGACAGUGAAAGAUGGAUAUCAAUGGAGGAAAUACGGUCAAAAGAUUACGAAAGAUAAUCCAUCUCCUAGAGCUUACUUCAGAUGCUCUUUUUCACCGUCUUGUUCAGUCAAGAAGAAGGUACAACGAAGCGCAGAAGAUCCAUCUUUCUUGGUAGCCACGUACGAAGGGACACAUAACCACCCGGGCCUAAAUGUAGGUGGAUCCAGGACAGUGAAGCUUGAUCUAGUCCAAGACCAUUUAGUCCAAGGUGGUCUUGGAAAAGUUGAAGGAAAGAAAGAGAGAGGAACGGUUCGAGAGGUUUUGAUGCAACAAAUGGCUUCUUCGUUGACGAGUGAUCCAAAUUUCACUGCAGCUCUUGCGGCUGCUAUUUCAGGGAGGUUGGUAGAACAAUCAAGAACUUGA